AGCUUCUAAUUCAACAAAGGAACGAAGUUGAGCCUUUUUCUGUUUGCCAAAUGCCCCGAGGAAACCAAACCAGGCUUUACGGGUUGUUGAGCUAUGAGUGAAACGCACUUAACAAAAGAACGUGGGCUAAAAAUGUCAAAAAGUCGUUGGACCUGUUUUUAGAGACAAAGAGGAGAAAGGCAGGGCGGCUGGAAAAAACUGCAACGACCAAACAAAUCACUCAAGAUUCAAAUAAAAAUGACUUUACUGCGAUUUAAAAGUAUCACAGAAGUUUAGGACUAACUCUGAUGCUGUGUUUUGAGACAGAGGAGCAGACGCUGGAGAGAUAAGAUAAAGAAGGAGAAGAAGGAGAAGGAGACAGCGCAGGUGGAGUGGGCGGAGUCUAGCUAAAGGUACACAAACAGAGUAACGACGCUGAUCCCGAGAGCCGGACGGACGCUCAGGGGAGGUAAACGAAACGAGAUGAACUGCUAACGCGGCACUCCUUUAUGAAGAUCACCGGAGAUGAACUGAACACGCAUAGAAAAGAAGAAGAAGAAGAAGAAGAAUCAGAGAAAACAUGAGCGUGGAGUUUAUGUUCUGACUGAAACAGGACGGAGCCGCAAGGAAACAGGAUGUCGUCAGAUCUCUGCAAUCAUGGAGACACCAUCUGUGAGAUCCGCGUGUACGAGCAGGAGGUCAUCGUGGUGCCGAUCCUGCUGCUGGCGGCGUUUCUGGUCACUCUGGUGUUUGUGCUGCUGAUGCGUUACUGUCCAGAGAGAGUCGACAAAAUACGACCCGAAAAUCUCAAAAAGUCUCUCCGGCCUCAGCGCAGCCGGAGAGCGCUCAGUGGGAUCGAUGCUCCUCCCGGCAUCAACCCUCUGGAGCAUGAGAGCAUCGCCUUGGACAUACCCAGCACCUACUCCACCUUCAACCCCGCCCGCACCACCCACCGCUCCAGCAUGUACGCCUCCUCCAAAAGCCUGCGCCUGCCCGUGGACCCCGCCCCCACACCAGAUGCUUUCAGGCCCAGUUUCGUGUCCACGGUCCAGCCCAGAGAGUUGCCCCGGCAGAGGUUACCAGAGAAGUUCAACCUGGUUCAACCUCUGCCCACGGCGUUCUCCCUGCGCUCCGACUCGCCCGUGUCCCUGUACAGAGCGCGUAUGGACAACAGGAAUGUGGUGCUCCGAGUGCUCAAAGACACAGCCAAUGCCUCCGAGCGUCACUCCUUCCUGGGCUUUGCGUCGUUCCUGGCUCAGCUCGGGCCUCACCCCUUCCUCCCGGAGCUGCUGGGGGUGGUCUCUCUCAGAGCACCCCUCGUCACCGUCAUCGAGGAGCUGGAGAACAGGGACCUGCUGAGUCUGCUGUGGAGAUGCAGACAGGAGACAGAUCCUCCAUGUGAGAUGACGGAGAGGAGAAUUUACACAAUGGCAACACAAGUAGCCUCAGCACUGGAGUUUUUGCACAGUAAGGACCUGCUCCACGGGAACAUCCGAGCCCGUAGCGUCCUGGUGAGUAAAGAGUACACGGCCAAACUGUGGGGGCUUAACGCAGUCUACACCUGGAAGAACCAGCGGGGCACCCAGAAAGACGACCCCAGCAUGAAGAAGUGGCAGGCCCCGGAGCAAUUAGCCAAGAGAACGGCCAACCCCAAAAGUGACAUUUGGUCAUUUGGAGUCUUACUGUUUGAAAUGGCAUCGCUGGGAGAGGCUCCGUUUGCAGAGAUCCCUGUGAAUGAGCUGAUACAGUUUCACCAACGAGGGAAAAGUCUGAAGAAGCCGUUAAACUGCUCCAAUAAUCUACACUCCAUCAUUAAAAGCUGCUGUAACUGGAAGGAGAGUGAGCGCCCCCUUUUGGCAGACCUGAGCAAAAAGCUUUCGUCUGCGGAGAAAGGUGCGUCUGAUAAACCCAUAAAGUCUCCUGGACCAGUGAACAUAGAGCAGUACCUGCAGGAGGCGGGAUACGGAGAAACCAACAACUACACCGUGUUCUGAUGUGCCAAAGGGGGAUGUGAUGACUCCAGAGAGGGGCCCGGAGGUAAACGAUGGGGUAGAGGACAAAAAGAGCAAAAGAAAAAUCACAAAACUAUAAUUUCAAGACUAGAUUUUGAGUCUUAAAAUCAUUAUUUGAUGCCAGAGUGAGUAAAUGCACUACACUGAUGCUACAGUAAACGCCUAUCUCCUGUACAAUAUUCAUUUAAUGCAAUUUUUACCGUUUUUAUUUUUAUUUAACCUUAACUUAACUGAGAAUUGCAUAUAUGUCGAAGUUUUACCAGGUGGUCUAUUAGGAUCAAGACUAUUCAAAACUGCUCAGAAGGUUUUUAUUUAUAUUUCCAAUGAGGAUUGACUUUAGAGACAAAUUUUGCUGUUGAGCCAAAUCUGAUUAUUGAUAUUUUUAAAUGCAGAUGUUUAACCUGGUUUAUGGUCAGAGUGGAGUUACUUUUCCACUAACACGACUAACACUGCCACCAACACUAACAACAACAAACAACAACACUAACAACACCAACCAAAACAACAACACAACAGCAACACCAACAACAAUAACCACAGAUGUAAAUGUACCAAGACCAACACUACCACCACCAACAAUAACACUAACAGCAACACCAACAACAGAUGUACAUGAACCAACACCAAUGUCACCACCAGCAACACCGCCAACAACAAAUGUACAUGCACCAAGGCCAACAACACUAACGGCAACACCAACAACAGAUGUACAUGUACCAAGACCAACAGCAACACUGCCAACAUCACCAACAAAAACAGAUGUACAUUAUGAAGGCAACAAGAAGUGGAUUUUCUAUAACUUAAAAAAAGAAAUGUCCCCGUUUAUAUUGACAUUGUAUGAAGCCGUUUGAGUUUGUGAACACAGCCACUUGAAUGUUUACGAAAGGUUAAAGACGUUGGUAGAAUCAUUAUGGGCAUAAGAAAGUUUAAACUUGAACAAAAUGCGCUAAAUUAUUUCGUAUUUAAAUCACUUGUUUAUAUUCGUUACGGUUCUGUUGUUGGGAACUGGAGAAAUGUAAAUAUGGUCGAGCUGCAAGUCACUUUAUGAUAAGUUUACAAAUGUAAUGAAAUGUGCGAUUAAUAGAUUUGUAAAAGCAGAGCGUGUAAAUAAAUAGGGAUGAGACAGAAAUGCAACAAGACAUGAGGAGAACCUGGAGCAAAGCCACUGUUUUAAAAGCCACUUUAGGUCAGACCAAAUAUCACAAACCAUCGCUAAUAUUAAAGAACCUGUACCUGAUUUGAACCCAUUUUUUGUCACAAUAAUUCUCAUUAAAUCAUGGUUAAAGCUGCUAAAUAAUGAAAAAUAUAAAAUAAAUAUAGUCUAUAAUCUAACAUAGCAUUUACUCAGGUUUUAGCUAAUACAGAAAUUAGCAUCAAGGUCAUCAUUUUUGCUAAGAAUCAUGGGAAACCAACUGCCAGACAUGAUCUCAGACACUAUUCUGUCAGUGUUUAUGUAAAAUGAACAAAACCUCAAAUUGUAGGCUAAGACAGGAGAAAUAUAAGAAAACGACCACAUGAGACUAUCACAGACUCAUCUUUUCUGUGUCUUGAUGCAAUAUCGCAGCAGAAAAGACUAAGUGGGCGGAGCUAAAAGUUCAAAUGAAAACAUGUUUGACUCACGGUUUGAAAUCAGGUACAGGGCCUUUAAUAAUACUCUAUUAGUCUCUUCUUCCUCUUCAGGUUCACCUAUGACGAUACACAAAUAAAUGACACAUAAUUGUAUUUUUUUAAUGCAGAACAAUCGUACUCCCAACUCCUGUCCCGUCCCUAAAAGAAAUGUUUACAAGAUCAAUGUGU